CACCACUUCCACCUCCACUUCCUCCAUGACUUCCCUUCUUUCUCUCUCUUCUCCCUUUCCUCUUCCUCCCCUAAACCCUAACCCUAACCCUAACCCUAAUUCAAAUUUGCGCAUCAUCUCAAAGUUCUCUCUUUUAUCAUUCUUCUUCUACUUCUUCUCCACUAUCUCACAAAACCCUAACCCUAAUUCUAGUUCCAAUGCCUUCAAGACCACUUUCACCAUCAUAUCCUCGAGCUCACAAGGCCCAUGCACUCCUCCUCGCCGGCGCCGUUGCCGGUGCAACCCUUCUCGUUGUCGUCUUAGUGCUUCUCAUGCUCCUCUACUUUUACUUCUCAAUUUAUCGCCGAUCUCCAACGCUUCCUCUCCCGUCCCCAAGCCCACUCCCUCUCCGCCGCUUCCGCCACCGUGAUCUCCGCCGAGCUACUGCCUCGUUUCACCAUUCCCGCCGCCUUGGCCGCGGCUCCACCGCCACCGUCCUCCGCGCUGCUCUUCUGCCCGCCGCCGCCGUCAAGCUCUUCGACCCUAUCGCCGUCUCCGAAACUACCUUCUUGAACGAGUUCCACACCCUCGCUGCCAUCCCUCACUCCCCCUUCAUCGUUUCUCUUCUCGGUUACUGCCUCAGUCGUCGUUGCCGAGCUUUAGUCUUCGAGUUCAUGCCCAACGGCAGCCUCCAAGACGCCCUCUUCCAUCCCUCUGACGCCCUCACAUGGGACCACCGCUUCCGGAUUAUCCUGGACGUCGCCCAAGCUCUUGCCUUUCUCCAUCUCGAGUGCGACCCGCCGGUCAUUCACGGCGAUAUUAAGCCCAGCAAUGUCCUCCUCGGUGCUGAUUUCAGCGCAAAGAUUUCUGAUUUCGGUUUGGCGAGGUUCAAAACUGAAGGGGAUCUCGGCGUUGAGAUGUUCAGCCAGGAGUUGUGGAAAAGCCAAGAGCUUGCUAGCCUGGAAGCCGACUUUGCCUUCGCUCCACCUCCCAAGAAGGCCGCCACUGGCGUUGCUAGAGCCAAUGACAAGGGAAAGGAGCCAGCUUUGGCGCCGGUGCCGCCGGCGCCGGCAACGGCGGCGGUUGUUCCUUGUAAUGAAGAGUCUGUUAACUUGGAACAUUCAAAUGGUGAAUGGGGGAAGGAUUGGUGGUGGAAACAGGAUGGCAGUGGGGAACUCAGUAGCAAGGAAUAUGUCCAUGAGUGGAUUGGCAGUCAGAUUUGUGUAGGUUGGGAGGAUGAAGAAAACGGGGAGCAGAAGAGCUCACCAUUGAAUAGCCAAGGUGAAGCAUUCUUCAAUAACUGUGAGGCGAAGCAUGAGAAGAAGCUCAGUAAUGGUGGUGUUGAUAAGAAGACCAAGAAGGUCAGAGAAUGGUGGAAGGAAGAGUAUUUUGCGGAGAUAAGCAAGAAAGGAAAGCAGAUGAAGGUUUCGGUUUUUGGGUUGAGAUCAAUGCGGUGGUUCCGGAAUGCUAGUUGUCGGGGAGGCGGUGGUGCUGGGAGUAGUUGUUCGAGCAAUGGUAAUGGAUAUGUGAAGAACAUGGAGGUGAGCUUCAGGAAUGGAUGGAGGAGGAAGCGGAGCCGAUCGGCAGGGAGUGAGUUGUUCAGUGGGGAGAUGUUCAGCAGAGAGCUUAGUAGCACGACAAGCAUGCGAGGAACUGUUUGUUAUAUCGCUCCAGAGAGUGGGAAUUCAAUGGAGAAGGGAGAUGUAUAUAGCUUUGGAGUGUUGAUUUUAGUUAUCUUAUCCGGAAGGCGGCCUCUUCAUGUCUUGUCUUCACCAAUGAAGCUUGAGAAAGCUAAUCUUGUAAGCUGGUGUCGACAUUUAGCUCAAAGUGGAAAUGUGCUUGAUUUGGUUGAUGAGAGAUUGAAGGAUUUGUACGAUAAAGAGCAGGCGAGUUUGUGCAUUAAUCUCGCGCUGUUGUGUUUACAAAGAUCGCCGGAAUCACGGCCAGACAGUGGUGACAUUGUGAGGAUUUUGAAAGGGGAGAUGGAUGUCCCUGUCGUGCCAUUUGAGUUCUCUCCUUCACCAAAGUUGAAUAGCAGGUCGAGGAGAAGAACUCCUACUAGAUAAUGUGAGUGUAUUCUUGGUUUCUUAAGAGUUUACAUGCAAGUUUAGAUACAAAUAGCUUCAUUGUUUGAAGUUAAAGAUGGAUUUCCAAUUGAGAUAUGUUAUUGUAGAUCUUACUAUUUGUGUAAAUAUGAGUUGAUUAUGUGAAUCAAAGGAUCUCAUUGUUUA